CACAGUGUAAGUUGAAUGGUGCUACUCGUUUGCAGGGUUUGACAUCUGCAGUAGGCCUAUUCUAUACAAUUUGCAGAGAAUGGCCGGUUUCAUUUCAAACCCGAAUUCAGGGAUAUUUCUCUGGUGUGUAGUAUCCCUCUCGUUCCUGACGUCGCUUUCAACGGAUACGUGUCCCGAUUCGUGUCGUUGUCAUGGCAACACGUUGAAGUGCACACCGAAUGUAAACGGCGGAAUCAAACUACUCAAAGUGCCGCCAGAUUUACUACGCUACAACCUGUUUCACAUCAAAUAUGCGAACUUGUCAAGAAAUAGAUUGCAGCAGAUCGAACCUGGCGAUUUCCUCGGCCUACCGAGAGUUAUCAGAUUAGAUUUGCGGCAUAACCGACUGAGGGCGCUAUUACGAAAUGGCUUUAGCGGACUGGAAGACUUGAUGACACUUCAGCUAUCCUACAAUGUCAUCAGGUACAUUGAUCGAUUUGCGUUCGAAGGAUUAACAAAGGUUCGCAAAAUUGAUCUCUCUCACAACGAGAUAGCUUUUAUCGAAGACGACUCCUUCAAGACGAGAGACGGUUUGAUAACACUCCUCAGUUUGGAUCUUUCUUUCAAUCAACUCUACGACCUGCACGGACCAACUUUUUUGGGUCUGGAAUCUUUACAGGAAUUGUACCUGAACCACAAUUCUUUGAGGGCUAUCCACACUGAAGUGUUCGCAACCUUGCAACAGCUGGAGAAGAUAUACCUGGGUCGUAAUUUUAUAAACUGCACUUGUGAAUGGCUGGAAGUCUGGAGCAACUUGCAGUCACGUGAUAUCGAAAUGAUGGACACCAGUGAUGCACUGAAAGCUUGCACCGAAGACGUCAUAAUUUGCGAUAAUGAACUAGAGCCUAGCGACAUCCCAGACGAAGAUUUCGACGUUGCCACCUCCAUCGCCCAAGUAGCGUAUAACCUCAUUAUGGAGGACUUGAUCCCGCCGGAGACGGACGGCCACGGUAACAUCGUCGACGCUGACGGGAACUCAUUCCCGCUGUGGAGCCCGGAGGGGGAGCGGGUCUUGAGCGCGCACGACGGGGAGAUGAGACGGCGCAUCGGGGAGGUAGAGGACAGGGAUCUGAGGAGGAUGUUCACAGUGACGUUCCAGGAGAGAAUGAGGGGUUUCUUGAAGAGGAUGAUGAAACAUGAAUCCACAACUACUGCACGAGCAACAACAAGUGAAAUCACGAAAGAAAGCAACGGUGUACAGGAGAUGAAUUCCGACAAAUACAACGCCACCCAUUUUAUCAACGUCACGAUGACACACGGACACCACCAACUCCCACUUGACCCCAAAAUAGCAAAGUUCAUUGCUGAUGCGACAACCCUGAUCAAGGACAUCUUCCGACUUGUCUUCCCGACGGGCGGCUUCUUCAGCUCCUCCGAGAUUUCCCUUAAGGCACUCGGCACAUCGGGGCUUUUCGAUCCAGCCCGUAUCGUCAGUCAGAUUACCGAAGCCCAACGGGGGAAGAACCGGCUCGUUGAAGCCAAACCGUCCGCGCCUGAGACAAGCAAGGCCGCACCGACAACCAGACCGACGUCAAAAUCGACGAGUAGAUAUAAACCCACUAAAUCACCAAUUCUCGUCUUGGGAACAAGUUUGCCACAGCAAAGUGCAUUCAAAUGGCCAGAAAUUCAAAUCCCUUUCUUCGCUGGGAUUGGGAUUUUUGUCUUUGUGUGUAUCGCUGCAGCUGCGAUUGCAAUGUUUUCGGGAGCAUGUCGCGACGGGUCACGAUUCUGUGAAUGCAGCUGGCUGUCUACAGUUUCCGAGAAACUCGCCUUGAGGAAACUGCACAUUGAGCGCCAAAGCCGCAAGACCUCGCCGGCCAAGAGUGACUUUGUUAAGAUGCACUGCCUGGCAAAACAAACAAUCGACGCUUCAGCGGCAUCAAAAGUUACUAGUCCAGACAAAAUUCAGACUGAGGUUGCGGCCGACGAUCGUGGUAUAGUGUCAGUCACACCGCUUGUUCUCACGGAGGAAUUUCCUAACAAAUCCGGCACCACGCCACCAAAAAGCCAAGCCAGCCAAGACAAGACGUCCUUGGGUCUUCUCGGUUACCUAAAGAGCCGCCUGUCAUCCUACCAAGACACUCCUUCCAAGGAGACGCCAAAAACGUCCCCGCGCGAUGAGAUCACCUUGUUCGAUAUUUCGGUGGAGCGCAGUGUCAGUGAGCCGAACAAGACUGUGACUGGUAAGCGUGAGACAGCAAACGACAUCGGGCAACCAGUGCAGUUGACUGACGUCCACGCAGCUGUUAGCGAAAACCUUCCAGCCAAGCAUACGGCGGUAUCCGGAGAUUCUGUCGAUACGUCUGUGAUGCAUCGAGGAAAAUCCUUGGAUGUCGUCGCCAGCGAUGGUGAAACAGGUGUAACAAGGACCUCGUCCGAUCUCCGCUGGUAUGCAAAAGAGUGCCUCUCAAACCAAAGGAUGAUGACACAAGCUAGGACACAUUCCAUGACGUCAUCCAACGACGACAAAAUGCUCAAGAAAGCAGAUCCCGAGGAUGAUGGGAUAUGGUGAAAAAUUGACUGUUGUGCGUUGGCAUCUAAGCAAUGUAGACCUUGUCGUCAUCGAUAGACGGUGGCAUGAACGACAGUAGGGUCGACCACCACCACGAAAAGCAUUUCACCAGAUGACCUGUUUAAUGGCUUUCCCUUUCUCUUCAUUGUUUGUGAAAUUAAUAUAACUUGGAUCAACCUGUGGCUGGCCUUGGGAAAAUAGCUGCAAGUCAGACUAUAUAGGAAGGUGUCGCUGCGACACACUGGUGCAACGGUGUGUGUUUGACCCAAAUCAAUGCGCUGAGGUCCCAUGUACCACAUCUUUUGGAAAGUUACUUCUUUUCAUGCUCAUUGGCAGCGGACAUCGACAUUGUGACACAUGCUGACAAUUUUUGCAUGAUAAUGAAAUUAUGUUUUAUUAUGUUUCCUUGUAAGUUGGUUUUUAUUAGGUUGAUUCAGAGCUUCCUCCUGAAGUGCUCUACGGACCAUUAGAAAUAGUGAGAACUCAAAUGCAGUUUGGAAAAAUUGGAUGGGUAUAUCAUCCAAUCUUGUUGUAAGAUCUGUCCAUAACUUCAUCUGCAGAUGACUGACAUUUCUUUAUAAUUUACGAUUGUAGACAGAGGAUUGAUUAAAUAAAGGGCCCAAGUCAAA